CGGCUAUUUUUGCCUUUGGGGGAUUCGUACCCUAAUAUACCAUCACGUAACCUCUCCUCCAUUGCCUAAAUAUCUUUCAACCUUUUUUAUUCUCCCCCUUUUCUAACUCCUCUAUCCUAUACUUCUUACUGCCUCUUUUUGUCUUCCCUGCCACCACCGACCACUACAUAUUAGCCUUUAGAUUAGUAGAUUCCGAUGGAUUCUUUAUAUAUUUAAAGUACCAGUAUACCCUCGGCAUUAUGUCCUCCUAAACCCUCCCCCCCAUGCAGGGGUAUGUUAUACAGUCCUGUUGAUAUGGACUGGCUCCCGGUCCCCUAGUCACGAAUACCGUGCAAAAAUGCCGUAUACGCCCAAAAUGUUGGCCUGGGGAGGAACUGCUAUCCUCGAACAGUUACCAUCUGGUGCUGUUAUGAAGACUCCAAUUCCAAAUCCCUAUUGUCGAGUGGAAGAGGAGGAUCACCGGCGAAACAUGCGCCUCGAGGCCCAAAUUUACUCAAUGAUUGGGGAACAUCCACGUGUACCCAAGUUAAUCCACUGGGACCCAAAAACAUGCUGUCUGGAGAUCGAACAUUUAGAGAAUGGGAACCUCAAAGAGCUUAUUCUACAAAACCACCAGAAUAUAACUCCUCAACAUCGACUCCAAUGGAGUAAACAGGCUGCUGAAGCGUUAACUGUUCUUCACAGGUUUGAAGUUAUACACUGCGAUCUGUCACCAAGGAAUUUCCUUCUCGACUCACAGCUCAAUGUGAAGAUUGCUGAUAUCGGCGGCGCGUCCCUGUGCGGUUCAGAUCCAUCAGCUACUCCGGCAACACGGUUUCGACACCCUGAUUACGAUUGGAAUGUUUUCCCGGUAUUCGGUGAUGAUAUAUUCAGUCUGGGGUCACUAAUUUAUUUUAUAAUGACCGGCUCCUACCCAUAUGAAGAAAUCUCUAGUGACGAGGUUGAGAAGCUCUAUGAUGCUCAACGAUUUCCUGAUGUGUCCUUCGUCGUUUGUGGAAACGUAUCUUACUAUCCAACUCGGAUUGGGGAGGUCAUUAAGGAGCGGUAUCAAGUCAUCGGUAAGCUAGGAUUUGGGUUCACCUCAACGGUAUGGCUGGCACGGGAUCUAGAUAACCGGCACCAUGUCAUGCUCAAAAUCUUCAUCCAGACCUCGUCCAUGGGCCAACAAGUGGACAACGAGCUUAAUAUAUACGAACAUAUAAAGCAAUCCAAAACCGCCCAUCCAGGUCGCGACGUGAUAAGAACCCUAUUAGAUACAUUUUACAUCAACGGUCCCCAGGACAAGCAUCGGUGUCUUGUUCAUCCCCCAUUAUGGGAGAGUGUUCUAGCCUUCUUACGCCGGAACCCAGUAGAAAGACUCCCCUCACCUGUCAUUGCAGUCGUUCUUCAUCGCCUGUUUCUAGCAUUAGAUUUUCUUCAUACGGAGUGCCAGAUUGCGCAUACUGAUAUCAAAGCCGAUAACAUCAUGUUCGGAAUCAACGAUAACUCCGUCUUCACUGACUUUGAAGCCUACGAACUCCAAAGGCCCGUUCCCAGGAAAGAGGUUGACUUGGACGGAAGAACAAUCUACAUGUCCCAAGAGCUCAAGAUCCCUAAAAGAAUAAGCUCCCCGAUCCUGUGCGAUUUCGGUUCCGCCGUUCACGGUGCCCAGCACCACUCGGUGUUCAUUCAACCUCAGAUCUACCGAGCACCGGAGGUGAUCUUGGGUAUUCCAUGGACGUUUAGCGCUGAUAUAUGGAAUGUAGGAUGCAUGAUCUGGGAUAUCUACGAAGGCGGGUCCCUAUUUACAGGCUACGACCCUGAAUUUCAACGAUACCGCAGCCGAGCGCAUAUCGCUGAGAUGAUCAAUCUUCUUGGACCGCCGCCUUCUAGUCUCCUUACCCGAGCCAGUCAAGGGGAGCUGAGCGGGAAGUUCUUUUCGAGUGAUGGCCAGUUCUUGAACCCCGAUUUCCUGACGGACUUAGUCCCGCUUGAACAAAGGGAGACGACUCUCGAGGGAAAAGCGGAGCGAGACGCCUUUCUACGCUUUAUGCGUAAAAUGCUACAAUGGGAUCCUGGGAACCGGAGCUCGGCUAAGGAGCUGGCGGACGAUGAAUGGAUCCAUAGUCAUAUGUAAAUAUUACAUCUUGGAUAGAGAAACUAUGUAUACUAG